AGUUGUAGCGCCUGAAUGUUGCGGCCAGCCUGGUGGCAGAUCGCUACAAUCCUGGAGGGGAGCCGGGUCGAGUGAGCUAUCUGGGGGUUCCCAUAUUAUUACAGGAGGGGGACAAAAAGAAACAGACACAAAUUUGAAAGAAAUAGAGAAAGAGAGACUUAAAAACAAAAACAAAAAAACAGAGACACACAGACGGAUGGACGGAGAUAUAGGCAAGUGUUCCGAUAAGACGCGGCACCAUCGGAUAUUAGUAUAGCGACGCCGUCUUGUGUUUAUUUUAUCAUAAUUUUUUCCCAUUAUUUAUUUCUUUUAUUCAUUGAAGCUGUCCGAUUUGAACGUUUAUUUAUUUAGAUGUUUAUUUAUUUAUCCAUCGAUUGAUUGCGUUUUAAUUACUGGCUUGUGACAGAGAGCGAAGGAGGAGGAGCGUCGGUGCCAUGCGCGCUCGCUGCCGUCUUCUCUGACUGUUUGUUUGUAUGUUUCCCCAUUUUAUUUACAACUUGUAUUCAUUUAUUUGUUAUUAGAUUUAAGAACCAAGUUGUGUUGAAUGCACGAUCCGAUGCGUUGUGCGUACUGGAUGAAUGUAGACGACUAAUGAGCAGCUGAACAGCAGAUAUAUAGGCUAUACUAGAGCCUCCAUUUAAAAUGCACACAUCUGGAUAAUUUAGCUUUUUUUCUAGCAGUCUUUAUCUAAUAUCCUGGGGUGGUUUUAAGCUGCAAAAGCGAAUACCAAAGAGGGGACUCCAUAAGAAUAGGCUCAGCGACUGUUCUCAUGCAUUCCUACAGAAUCUGCAGAGAAAUAAGAGUAUAAAAUAAACUAUAUGUUUACUAAAGGAGAAAGCUUUAACAAUGAGAAGGUAGAGGGAAGAAGCGCAUCAGUGUUUAUUCUAAGCUUUAUUUCUAGCAGAACUUUUCUUGAAGCUCCUCUAUCAUCCGUCUGCGUGUUGCUUACUCAAGGGACCAUCCUAUGUUUCUAUGAGUAGAAAUAUAAAUAUGCUCUAUGCACAUUUAGGGUACAGCAAAACUCUAAUGCAUCACACGUGUACAUAAAAAGUGCGCAACUGAGGCUACAUGUGCACACACCUAACGGCGAAUGUUGUGAGCUCUACAAACCAAAUAUUGCCCCAAAGCUGUCUGUCAGAAAAGAGCCAGAAGCAUCUGAGGAGGACAAGGCUUGUCAACCAGCUUGUGUCAGAUUAUUUGCAUCCAAAGGAAAGGCAGGAGGAAGAAGAUCAUGUUUGUUCCCUUGCCGGUGCCGUUCGUCUUUCAGAGAGCUACCCCUGACCUCAGCGCCUGGCGUCUCAAGUCCCCUCUGGCUCUCCGCUCCAACUCCGAUAUCAGGAUGUCAAAGCCAGCAGAGGUUGAGAAAGUCGGGGCUGACUCACCGAUGGAAGGCACAGAGUCAGAGCGGAAUGGACCUGAAUCAAAUCACCAGGUUCAGGCAAUGAAAGUCAGUCCCUUUCCUCUCUCCCCAAACCUGAACAGCAGCAAGAAUAAGAUGGAUGAGUGCUCAGAAAUGUCUCCAGGCCUUCCUCCCUCUCACGGUCAGACUCCUUCACAGACAGCCCUGCAACACACUCAGCUCAUGCUGACUGGCUCGCAGCUAGCAGGGCUGACAGCUUUGUUGCCGGCGCAGCAACAGCUGCUGCUGCAGCAGGCUCAGGCACAACUCCUGGCUGCCGCUGUGCAACAGUCCAAUGCCGCCCAUGCAGCUCAUGCUGCUCAUGCCGCAGCGCAGGCCAAUCAGCAAGCUCAGGCAGCUGCAGCAGCAAAUCAGCAAGCCCAGCAGCAACAGCAGCAGCAGCAGCAACAACAGCAGCAGCAGCAGCACACAGGACAGACAGGGCAGCAGGCUCAGUCCCAGGGACAGAGCACACAAGAGCAAAACCAAAGUGUCCCUCUCCCUCCGCCUCAGCUCACACUCUCUCAGCCUAUCCAGCUCACAGCCCAGGACAUUCAGCAGUUGCUGCAGCUUCAGCAGCUGGUGUUGGUGCCUGGUCACCCACUUCCAUCUCCGGCCCAGUUUCUUCUCCCACAGGCACAGCAGGGCCAGCAAGGACUCCUAUCGACACCAAAUCUUAUUCCGCUACCUCAGCAAAACCAAGGGAGCCUCCUGUCUGCUCCAACUAGAAUGGGACUCCAGUCACAGGUGCAGCGAGAUAAGAGCAUAGAUGUGGCUGUUGGAGGAGGCAUGACCACAGUGUCCUCUGUGACCUCUCACCCUGAGGAGCCCAGCGACCUGGAGGAGCUGGAACAGUUUGCCCGCACCUUCAAACAGAGACGCAUCAAGCUGGGGUUCACACAGGGGGACGUAGGCCUAGCCAUGGGGAAGCUGUAUGGGAAUGACUUCAGCCAAACCACCAUUUCUCGCUUUGAGGCGCUUAACCUUAGCUUUAAGAACAUGUGCAAGCUGAAGCCACUGUUGGAGAAGUGGCUCAAUGAUGCAGAGACCAUGUCCAUAGACAGCACCCUGCCCAGUCCCAGCUCCCUGUCCUCUCCGUCUCUGGGCUUUGAGGGGGUUCCUGGUCGCAGGAGAAAGAAGAGAACCAGCAUUGAGACAAAUGUUCGUGUGGCCCUGGAGCGUUCAUUCCUGACGAACCAGAAGCCUACCUCAGAGGAGAUCCUGCUGAUUGCUGAGCAGCUCAACAUGGAGAAGGAGGUGAUCCGAGUCUGGUUCUGCAACCGCCGGCAGAAAGAGAAGCGCAUCAACCCCACCAGUGCCACCCCUCCGCUGCCCAGCCAGCCACCCACUGCCCCUCAAACGCACAAACCGCCCUGCUACAGCCCUCAUAUGAUGUCGAGCCAGCUGUCGCAGGCCGUGACCAGCCUCAGCACAACGGUGACCACCAUGUCCUCAAUUUGCCCUCUGAGUUCCAGCCUCACCUCAACCCACCCCUCUCUCACCUCAGUCCACCCCCCUCUGAGCUCCACACCCUCCCCAGCGACUCCUCCUCCUCCUCCCCGCAGCACAGCCAGCCCCGCCACUCCCAGCCACAACACACUCAACCUAAACACAGGCUUGUGGCGUAUGGGUAAAAAGAACGGUGAAAUGUCCAACUACAUCACUGACUUUGCUGCAAAUUUGAGGAACACUGUGAUGGGAGUUAACACGGGGAUGAACCAAGCCCUCCUCGGUAACAAUCCCCUCGCUACUAUCCAAGCCCUAGCAGCCAGUGGUGGCCAGCUGCCUCUUUCCACUCUUGAGGGUGGCAGCAAGGUGAUGCUGGGGACCUCUGGGGGUCAAGGAAGUGGGCUUCCCUCAUCCCUCUUCCUUAACCACCCCACCCUCCUCCACAUGGGUCAGAACCCGGGCGCUGGGCUGGUCAGCGCCGCUGUAGCCAAAGUCUCCCAGGCCUCGCCCUUCCCCUCAGCCAGCAGCAUCAGCCCUACGCCCUGCUCUCCCUCUCCUUGCUCCAGCCCUGCCUCCUUCUGCUCCUCCAGCGAAAUGGCACACAGCCCGUCCUCCCUGGGGGGGCCCAAGAUCGAGUGACGGCAUCUGGUGGGUCAGUCAGAGAGGAGCAGAAGGGAUUAAACAAGAACCUCGCCUUCCACACCAAAGCUAUCUUUUUCUCUCUCUUGUGCUCUUCUUCCGUUUUUCUGUUUAUUUUUUUCCCAAAGUCUCUUUCUGUCUUUCUCUCCAAGUCUUUCUAUGCCAAAAAUACACAGAAUGAAAGCGGAGAGGAGGAGGGAAAGAACUAAGAGAAGGGAAAAGGAGGAGAAAGAAUGAAACCAAAAAUCUUUAUGUAUCUUUUAACGGAUGAAAAGGAGAUAGCAACGGACAUUUUCCUCUAAUAACGCACGACAUGCUACGUCUCUCUGAAGGAAAACAAACCAUGACUCUGCAAAAAGCAGUGGAGGAGACGGCCUGUCCAAGUGCAUAAACCAAAAAUGACAAAAAGAUUACUUUGACUAUAUGACAAAAAGAAAUGGCAGCACGGACAAAGAAACAAAGAGGAGAACUAUCCUUUUUUAAAUGUCAUUUUCCUAAAAGCUGCGGGUUUAAAAGAAGAAGAGGGGUAAUAGGAGGAGGAGGAGGAUACGUUUAAACCAAAAAUUUUACCUGAGAAGGAGGUGGAGGAAUACACAAUGAGACAAAAAAUAUAAAACCAAAAAAAAAAAAAACAACGACAACCAAACCAAAAUCACAAAUACCAAAAAUACGGAGAGAAAAGCUUUAUUCAAAGGACGUGUAAAUACUGAAGCUAUCCAGGACCAGGACUCUACUGCUACUGCAACAAGCAAACACAAGCAUAUUAAACAUGAAGAACCAGCCCAUCCUGUCACUGACUCAUUCCGUCUGUCACCUCAUGUGUCUCUCACUGUUUUGUUUUUUCAAUAAUUUUGUAAAAUAGCGGUAGUUUUGUGUAUGAUGUGUAUUUGUGUCAGCUGGAUGAGCAUAAGAAUGCAUUCUUUUCUCUUAGAUUACUUUUUAACAGUAUUUUUUAAAGAAGUUUAGUUUUUUUUUUUUUUUUUACUAUUUAUUAGUGCUGUUACACAUUUCAGCUCCUAUUUAUUGUUGUGUGCUAUUGUAGUUUUAGCUCAUCAUUAUCAUUGCCAUCACCUUUGUCCUUGUCAUCACCAUUGCUACGUAUUCUGUUUGUAACGCUACUAUCCGUGCAGAGGGACAGAUGGCGAAAGUGAUCCAGUCCUCACCAAGUGCCACUGGCUCGCAGAUCGAGUCGAGUUCACUUUGCUUUAAUUUCUGGGAGUGAAUCCCUUCUAUAGGAACUGGCUGAAAGUUUUUUUAAGCGCUUAUUAAGACUGCCUGCCCCUAACUGUGAAAGAUAAGGGAUUAAUGAUGUAAAACACCAAAUAAUCCAGACAUGCAAAGAAAUCUUGUUAAUAAAUCUGUAAAUUAAGUUGUAUGUAAAAAAAAAAAAAAAAA